GCAGUUGUCCUUGCUUUAAUCAAUGAUGGAGUCGAAUGUUUGGAUGGGGUCUAGAGACUAAAAUAGGUCGGCUUUUUGUGCCAGUAACACAUGGAAACGACAUCAACCGGUGUGCAGUCAUAGAGCUGAAGCGCGUUUCUUGUGACUGAGUAAGAGGAGGCCAACUGGCUGACAUCGAUCGUCGCGGCGGCCUUGCUAACAUUAGCCAUCGCUGCGAAGUUGAGACAGCCUUUCUCUUGAUGUGAGGCCUGUUUUUAACUUCUUCUCUUUUUCAUCAAAUUACAGCUCCUUUAAGGAAUAAUCCUAUUAUCUGCGUGGCCAUACCGGGCAAAGAUUACCCUACCUUAAAGCAAGCUCGUCUGGAAGUGUGAGCACGGCUUCUUGAAGAAGUUGUAAUCCAUGUCCUGGAGUCACUGCAGAUCCAAGAUCACUGAUAUAAUCCGAAACCAUGUCUUUAGUCGCAUAUGGCAGCAGUGAUGAGAGUGAUUCAGAGGAAACCUCCACCUCUGCAGCAGCAGCCGAGAGGAAAGUCGGCGGGCUCUUCUCCGCCCUGCCUGCUCCCAGGAAGAGCGGAGACUAUGGACUGAACAGAGAGACUAAAGAGAACCCCACAGCAGGAGAAAAAGCCUCAAACGAUGACCCAGUUCCUCAGCCUUCCAGAGGAGGGUUGUUCUCUAGUCUGCCUAAGCCGAGGAAACGAACAGAGCCUGUCAGGAUCACUGCGCCAGAAAUCCACAGACGAGAUGUGAGUACUGCGUCUGUUCACAUCUUUCCUCUGUCCUUUUAGAUCUUUCCUCUCUGUUUAGAUCUUUCCUCUGUCUCUUUAGAUCCUUCCUCUGUCUCUGUUUAGAUCUUUCCUCUGUCUCUUUAGAUCUCUCCUCUGUCUCUUUAGUUCUCUCCUCUGUCUCUUCAGAUCUUUCCUCUUUCUAACAGGCUCUCAUGGUGUAUGAUCAUGCAGUAUCUGAUAAUCCUCUUAUUUGUCUUCCAUAGUCAGAUUCAGAUGAUGAUGAACCAGCAAGCAAGAAACCACAGCAUCAGGUAGGAGCUCUCUGGAUGUGUGACAACAUGAAUCGAUCUUUGGACCAAUAAAAAAUACAUUAACAUGAAAAGAAUCUGUCACCGUAGCUUUUUUCCUCAACAUUACAUAAUGUAUCGAAUAUAUAAUAUAUCAAUCAUUGAACUCACACUGUCACUCCUGUAGACUUGGGUAUUUUAGCAGACGAUUUAAAGCCAACCGUUUCAAAUUCGGGUUUAAGAUGGACAGUGAUUUUAAAUUCGACAGGCAAAUUAGCUCAGUAGUGAAAUCUAGCUUUUAUCAUAUUAGGCUGCUUUCACAAAAGCACUUUGAAACAGUAAUCCAUGCCUUUGUUACAUCUCGGCUUGAUUACUGUAACACACUUUACUUUGGAGUCAGCUAGUUCUCCCUCUCACAUCUCCAGUUAGUACAAAACGCAGCUGCCCAGCUCUUAACUGGAGUAUGUAAGAGGGAGCACAUUACUCCCAUCCUGGCCUCCCUCCACUGGUUACCCAUGCAUUUUAGAGUUCAUUUUAAGAUUCUUUUAUUUGUUUAUGUCUAUUUAUGUGCAGCACUUUGUUCAGCUGUGGUUGUUUUAAAGUGCUUUACAAAUAAAGUUGAGUUCAGUUGAGUCCCUGAAAUCCAUAUCUGUGUCCUCUUCCAGGGUGGAGGUUCAGGUCUGUCUUCUCUACUCCCACAACCCAAAAACCUGACGGUGAAGGAAACCGAUAGACUCCUGAUUCCUCACACGCUUACCAAGCGCCAAGAACCUAAAGGACCCAAGCCUGGAACACCAGCUCAGGGUCUGCUUAACUCUAGUGCAUCUCCCUCCGCUAUCAAAGCCGCUGCAAAGUCCGCCGCCCUGCAGCUCGCCCGACAGAUAGCCACGGACGAACAAGAUAACGAGGACGAUAUAACCCCGCAGAACUACUUUUCCCUGGGAGAGAGCACCCCGUCUCUCCCUCCAGUUGUCCCGAGCUUAGACCCCGAGCCAGGAGCGCCUGCAGAGCCUUUCCCUCUUGCACCCAUAGAUGAACCCGGUCAGUCUGAUGCACCUCUCGACUUUGGGGGAGGCCAUGAGGGAGCUGGUUCAUGGGGAAGUCAGUAUCAACAGCCCAUGGCGGGCCCAGAAGGUUUCCCUCAGGUAAUCAGGGCUUACAAAGCACCCAAACUCUGUUUACGAACGUCAACCAAAUGGCCUUAUUCAAACUGGCUCAUUUGAAAUAUGCUUGAAUAUUUAAGAAUAAGACGAGGCUGUUCCAGUUCAAAAUAUAGGGAUUAACUUGUUAACAGCUCAUCAGAUCUAAAAGCAGCCAUGGAUACUGCCACUUAGCCUUGAUUCUAUUAAUAGUCAAGAUGUCCAGUUUUCUGUAUGAGGGCUAACUCAAAACAAGUGGAGCCUCUAAUUAUAAAUCCACAUACAAACAGACCUACAUAAUAUAGGUAGUAUCUGGUUGUAUCCUGAUCAUUUCUCUUUGGACAGGGUUAUUACAAUGAGCCAUACUACCAAGAUCCCAACUCUGAGCAGGCGGAAGCUGAAGAGCCCGGCCAGUCCACCAUGUUCGACGAUGAAGCGGUAAGAAGUCUACCGCCUCUUCAUUCUUUUUCGCUGGGCUUCACGACUCACAUUAAGUCACACAUGCAUUAUUUUUUCACGUUCCCCAGUUCAUGCGACUGCAAGGGAAACGAAACCGAGGCAAAGAGGAGGUGAAGUUUCUGGAGAUCAAAGGGGACGACCAGCUGAGUGGAAACCAGCAGUGGAUGACGAAGAGCAUAUCAGAGGAGAAGCAGAUGCGUCAGUCCUUCAGCAAGGUGACUUUUUUUUUUUUUGGAGUGUUGAGUGAGAUUUUGUUCCUAGAGGUUUAUUUUCAGGUAUUUGCUCAGCCCCUGGCAAGAAGAAAGAUGUUUGUCUUUGCUCAAUAUUGAUUCAUUCUCAGCAGAGUAGGAACACCUCAAGCUGUAAUGCACGUGACGCAGAAUUUAAAAGUAUUUCUUGGCUGGGUUCACUAGACAGGAUUCUUGUUUUCUAACGUGGACAUUCACAAAGAAUGAAAUGAUUUUGUUUUUUUAAGGGUUUUACCCGACCUCAGAAUACAGGUGUACCGUUUUUUUCCCAACUGGGCUUUCAAAAAAUUCACCCAAGCUGACUUGGCCGAUCAUGCUGAGUUGAAUAACGUAUAUUGCGGCUUUCCUAGUAGCUUUAAAAAAAAGUGGCUUGAGGCAGAGGAUAGGUCCUGUAAAUUUGUGUGACACGCCGGUGCCGUUCCAAAGAAGCACCCACAGUUCAUCGAUGUUUUGUUGCUUUAAUAACUCACAAUGAUUUACACGCGCACAUCAGAUAUAAUAUGUGUACACUUUGCGACGUGUGUCAUUGCAAAACAAAGAACAUAAAGCGCGGUCAACAACAAUUAUGGCGACAUAGGCUCACCUCUCCACCCCAGUGCAGGUAAGACUACCCCUUACAUAACCUACCGGCUUUCAAACGCAGUGCCCGCGUGACCCAAGCCCAGCGAAACCAAUGGCAACCAGACAAAAGUAAUUGAACACAGGAUAACCGAUCAGCAAAGCAACAUUAUGGCUCCUACAAUGUAUGCUUUACAACGGACUGAAAUGGUUUUGUAUUUUUGCAGAAAAAAGGAGAACAGCCUACAGGGCAGCAGCGGCGUAAACAUCAAAUAACAUAUCUCAUUCACCAGGUAAGUGACACUAAAAUCAACUUCUCUGAAAUGCUAUAUGAGCACACAUCAAAUCAAACAGUAUGGUUAUCUAGAGUUUAUUGUCUUGCUUUAACUGUAGAUCUUUGGUUUGCAUUUUACUUAAAAGUCAGUACAUUAUAGUUCUUUUACUAUAACAAUAUAGUAUCCUUAAGGGGUAUGAAGUUAAUGAUAUCCUCUAGCGCCUCUGAUACAAGACAGACUUCAAGGAUAAUACUUCCAGUGCUUUCUAAGGUGAUUAAGAGCAGGGUAGAGUCAGGGUUUCUGUUACAACAUACUGACUGUAACAUGUCUGAGCAUGUUGAACUCCAGUUUUUAGGCUUCACUAAUGUUUGCACAGAGCAAACCUCGUGGCUUGUGUUGGCUUUUUUAUGCUAGGGGGUUUUACAGUGAGCUGCAUGAAAACAGCUGUAGGAUAAGUCUGCAGAAGACAUUCAAACAAGGUCAACAUGUAGCUACUUCUCUGCAUUAGUUUAUUAUCGAAGUCUCAGAGUUAUUGUCUGAUUAUCAUGUCGGGCAUUGUUCUGUCUUGGACAAGUUUUUGAAUUUCACAAACCACAGAUAGAAUUUAAAGUAGGGUAAGGCUCUGAGGGUGGGUGCUAAUUUGCAUGUAACCCUUGAUUUGAAAUCAGUUUCUACUCAUUUGUCAAUUUUUAUUCCAUAUUUCUGUCUUAUUGGGGUUUAUCAGGAGUUAUAAAUCAUGCUCUUUUUUCACAGGCGAAGGAGCGGGAGUUGGAGCUGAAGAAUAACUGGGCAGAAAACAAGCUAACCCGCCGGCAGACGCAGGCCAAAUACGGUUUCUAAAUGUCAUCCGUUGGACUUUUUGAGACAUAAUGAAGCCCUGCAUCCAAACUUAGAGUAGAGUUUUCCAGAUUUUCCUGAAUAACCAGAAACUUGUUUAAUAAGAAACUACACACGCACACACAGACAUAAAUACAGAUUUCUUCCUCCUGGCCCUCUGACCUCUGUAUUUGUGUUGAAAUGUUUGAGUUGUUCUUUUGGUCUGUUGUUUCAUAAAGUGUAAUACUGGCUUUGAAAGUAAAUAUAGGUGCUGUACCUUCAUAACAAUGUCAUGUAGUAUUUUUAAGGUACCUGUGACCCUGAAGUGGCCAUUAUAAAUCUUUUCCUUCUGAAUGUGUAAAAUUAAUUCUUAUUCAGCAAACUUUGAUAUGCAUCAUUCUGUUGAGUUCAAUGACAGUAAGUUAAAAGGCAUGUUUGGUUCCCUAGCAGUCACACAGAUGUUGGUUUGAUAGUCCCUCCCACAAUGAGAAGGAAUUUCAAGUCACUUAACGCCUGAAUCAAAAUGUUUUCAAUAAAAGGUAAGGAGAAUACUGCAGGUGAUCCAAACCACAACACAUUUAGCAUCUUGCAGGGACCCUGAAGUAUGAACGCAUGAAUGUCAAAUUGAUAUUUUCUUUGUUGGAGUGUUAAGUGAUGUGAAAACACAGGGUUGCGAAAAUUAAUCUUGAAUAGCUUGUUUUGUGGGUUAGUGUAGCUCAUCCUGUUAGCAUAAGCAGCUCUAUCUCUCCUAUCAAUGGGCCAGAAAUGUCAGCAAAGGUGACUUAUUCUCUACGUACAAGUAGUCCCCCUCUUGAUAUAGGUAAGCCAAAUAACUCAUCCUGUUUACUUUUAAGUCAAGUAGUUUUGUCUCUCUAACUGGUAAACCAAAGUUCUCAGUAAGGGUAGCUCAUUGUGUAGGCUGUAGCACAUCAAAAUGUUGGCUGUGCUGAGUAUUUCUUUAGCUUGACUGGUUAAAUCUUCCUUUUGAGUAUUGUAUAUUUGAGUAUUGUAAGUUGUAGAUCAGAGUAGCUCUAACAGUCCCAUAAUUGUAGCUUAUCCUUUUGGUCAGGGUAGCUAAAACUGUUGGCUGGGAUUGAUUUCAGGGCCAUCUGAGGUACUUUAUGUAGGACUUAUCUAGAACAGAUGACUACCUCGAUAAUAGUUGGUAAAGGUACUUUACUCUCCCAUGCAGAAAGUAACUGGCACAGCCUAUUUUAAAAUGUCAGAGAAAGACUGGUAGGUUGUAUGGUCAGGUGGAAAAGCUCAUUCUUUCACCCAAGAACUAUCAGGAGCUCUAUGAAUACAAGUAAAAGAAAGAAAAGCUUGACUUUUUAAGUAUCUCCCUGGAAAUAUCCAUGAAAAUUGAGAGGUAUUUGUUUAAUUUGACAAGUACUUCUCAUAAGCAAAGUUGUUUAAAUGUGCAGUAUUUCACAACACAUACAAGUCAGUAGAAAGCAAAAAAGAUGUGGCAAAAUGAAGAAAAAACAUGCCAGUGACCAAGGGAUAUAGACUGUUAACUGCCAAAAGCCAGUGACAAAGUUCCAGCUGAUGUAUUACAAGGCAGGAAUAUUCAUGUCUGAGCUAAUUUUGAAAUGGCUUGUAAAAUAAGUCAAACGCACUCCUCUGCCAGUUCAUGUUGUACACUUAAAAUGAAGUCAUAAAUCCUCUCUUUUGGUUCUUUUCCAUCCCUUUGAAUGCAACCCAGUAAAUAUUGGUCGUGUCUGGUAUCACAAAAAAGCAGAUACUACUUGUGGUUUUACUUGCAAUGUACUGCUAUUCCCUCUAUAGUUUUCAACAAAAAUGCAACCUGUAAAUAAAAUGAGAUUCUCAAUCCUCACAUGAAUAACUGAUUUAUGCAUUUAUGGUGUGUUUGACAUAUAAACAAAUUUCAACUUCGA